CUUCAUCCCACUUUACACCAUUCACAAGUGUCUCCUUAAGCAUCCAAUUCGUCUGUACGGGCCUGUCAGUAACAACACGACUCGCAGUACAGAGUUUUGCGCUCUUUAUUCGGCCUCCAUUAUCCGCCACAGUAGCGCGGCGACGAUAAUAACUCCGGUCUCUUUAACGAAGCGUUUCCUUAAGCUACUGGAUAACGCCUAUAACCAGCGCCGCCGUUUCGAUACUUGUUCGACUCCCUCUAUCUACGAAAACGUCUUUUAGCUGCUUGCCACCAUGUCUGCUCCUCCGAAUGACGGCUACGGCCAGAGCCAGCAGCCUGAACAGGUUUACCAAGAUCAGCCCGGGCAAGUUCCAGAGACCGCCGCCGGUGGGAAGAAGAAGAAGCGCGCAUACGCCGCUGGUGCCUUCGAUGUUGGUUCUGGAGCAAAUGCAACUGUUGGUGGCCAGCCUGUUGGUGCCCAGUACGGUAUGCCAGCGCCCGCCGGCCCUGCCUACGGAUCCUAUGCCGAACCUCAACAACCCAUGUACGGAGCUCAGCCAGGCAUGCCACAACAGCCUGCGUACGGCCAGCCUCAGGCUUACCCCGAUCAGACUCAACCUCCGCAGGGCGUAGCUCCCAAUGUUGGUGAUAUCACGCAUGGAAUGGCCAAUAUGAACACUGGCGGAGCUCCUAUGCAGCCUGCCCAGAUGCCUCAGCAGCCCAGCAGGCCUUCCAUGCUCAACACAUUGUAUCCCACAGACUUGCUUAGCAAUGCUUUCAACGUUGCUGAAUUGGAUUUACCUCCUCCUCCUAUUGUCUUGCCGUCUAAUGUUAGCGUUACCCCGUCCGAAACUGCCAACUGCUCAUCGAAAUACAUCCGCUCGACCCUUAAUGCCGUCCCUACCACUAGCUCACUUCUCAAAAAGUCGAAACUUCCUUUCUCACUCGUUAUCCAGCCUUACGGCGCUCUCCACGACGAUGAAGAUCAGAUCCCCGUCAUUCAGGAUCAGGUCAUCUCUCGUUGCAGACGAUGCAGAACUUAUAUCAACCCAUAUGUCAGCUUCCUCGACCACGGUCACCGCUGGCGCUGCAACAUGUGUAACUUGAGCAACGAUGUUCCCCAGGCCUUUGACUGGGACGCCGCUGCGCAGCGAAGUGUUGACAGAUGGCAGCGUCCCGAGCUCAACCACGCUGUUGUUGAGUUUGUCGCGCCUCAGGAGUACAUGGUUAGACCUCCUCAGCCUCUUGUAUACCUGUUCCUCUUUGACGUAAGCUAUGGCGCUGUCGCGAACGGUCUUAUCGCCACUGCUGCUCGCACAAUUCUCGACAGCUUGAACCGCAUUCCUAAUGCCGACCGCCGCACCAAGCUUGCUUUCAUGGCUGUUGAUUCGAGCCUUCACUAUUUUUCUAUUCCCAAAGACGAAGAUGAGAAUGCCGAGACCAACAUGCUUGUCGUGAGCGACUUGGAUGAGCCUUUCCUGCCCGUGCCUACCGACCUCCUUGCUCCUUUGGCGGAGUCUCGCCAAAACAUCGAGAAGCUGUUGCAAAAGCUUCCCGAAAUGUUCCAAAACAACCAAAACAACGGAUCAUGCAUGGGAUCGGCCCUUCGUGCUGGUCACAAGCUCAUCUCUGCCCUUGGUGGUAAGAUGGUUGUCCUAACUUCGUCACUGCCCAACCUUGGCCCUGGUAAGCUUGAGAUGCGAGAGGACAAGAAGCUUUUGGGUACUUCCAAGGAGGGCGCCCUGCUCCAGACCUCCAACAGCUUCUACAAGAGCUUUGCCGUUGAAUGCUCCAAGAAUCAGGUGUCCGUUGACAUGUUCCUCUUCUCCUCGCAGUACCAAGACGUUGCCUCGCUUAGCAACCUGCCCAGAUACACUGGUGGUCAAACCUGGUUUUACCCUGGCUGGCAUGCGUCUCGCCCUGAGGAUGCUCUCAAGUUCGCUUCCGAAUUUAGUGAUUACUUGUCGUCUGAGAUCGGAUUGGAGGCGGUCCUCCGUGUGCGUGCUACGACCGGCCUCCGCAUGGCCAACUUCUACGGCAACUUCUUCAACCGCAGCUCCGACCUCUGCGCUUUCCCCGCAUUCCCCCGCGAUCAGUGCUACGUUGUUGAGGUGGCUAUUGACGAGAACCUUACGAAGAAUGUUGUCUGCAUGCAGGCCGCCGUUCUUCAUACCACUUGCAAUGGCGAGCGCAGAAUCCGCGUCAUGACAUUGGCCUUGCCCACAACUACCAACCUGUCCGACGUCUACGCCUCUGCCGACCAGUGUGCAAUUACCACAUACUUCAGCCACAAGGCAGUCGAGCGAACUCUCGAUUCCGGCCUCGACGCGGCCAGAGAUGCCCUGCAGGCCAAGCUCACAGAGUUGCUCCAGACUUUCCGCAAGGAGCUGGCUGGUGGCAGUAUGGGUGGUGGUCUUCAGUUCCCGGCCAACCUCCGCGGUCUUCCCCUGCUGUUCUUGGGUCUCAUCAAGCAUGUUGCCCUGCGCAAGUCUGCCCAGAUUCCUUCUGACAUCCGCUCCGCUGCUCUAUGUCUGCUCUCUACACUUCCUGUGCCUCUUUUGAUGCGAUACAUUUGCCCCAGACUCUACUCGCUGCAUGAUAUGCCUGAUGAGGCGGGUACACCCGACAAGGAGACCGGUCAAAUCAUCCUCCCUCCUCCGAUGAACUUGUCUUCGGAACGCAUUGUACCCUAUGGCCUGUACCUUUUGGACGAUGGCCAAACUCAGUUCCUUUGGGUUGGUCGCGAUGUGGUCAGCCAGCUUGUUGCUGAUGUCUUUGGUGUUGAAGACAAGACCCAGAUCCAGGUAGGCAAGGGUCGGGUUCCUGAGCUUGACGGAGACUUCAACGAGCGUGUCCGGGCUGUGAUCCAGAAGAGCCGCGACCACCGCUCUUUGGGUGUUGGAAGCAUCACUGUGCCGCAUCUUUACAUUGUCCGUGAGGACGGCGAGCCUAGCCUAAAGCUGUGGGCUCAAACCCUCUUGAUUGAAGAUAGAGCAGACCAGAGCCUCAGCGCUGCUCAGUGGUUGGGUACACUGAGAGAGAAGGUCGUACAGUAGAAGGAACCAGAAAAAGUUGAACGACGUCAGAGAUGUUAGCGGCUCCCAUGAGAGGAGCAAUAGAAAGAAUAUUAGGCUUGAACAGGUUUUUUUGAGCAAUCGAUUUACAACUUCCACCGGAUGAGAGUACUAGAGACAACUGCAAAAAUAGUGUACGCACGCCGACCUAACAGUCUCAUUAUUCACAUUGACGCAUCAUGUCCAUGCAUACUUGGGUGUUGGUUGUUCGCAUGGAUACUUUGGGGUUGAGGUGCAGGGGGUGUGACGAAUUUUCUCAACAGAUUUUCUUUUUACCUUGUCGUACCAGUGAAGCGUAUAUUUUUUUUUUAAAAAAAAAAUGAAAUCAAGUAUUACAUUUCUCGUCAUUUAUCUCAAGCGGAGGCGUUCCUUGCGGAUGAGCAUGUGUGUGCUGUGAUUGGGCCGCAGAAUCGUCGCAGUUGCUUCGGAUGGAUGGGGG